UGUAAGGACAAGUAAGGGCAUCCUUCAAAAAAUCCUUAGUUUUGGACAAGCUUCAACGGCAAAGGAUAUCGAAGGGCACCUAUGGGCGCCCCUAUUGGAGAUAGUGUUGGUGCAUUUCCUAGUGACAACAACAUCCGUGAAAUGUUGUUUUGAAUCUUUAGUUUAAAUAAUAAAAUCAACUACUUAUACAUUAGAUACUUAAUCUCGUUUGAUCCGGUGGCAAAGGGACUUUCAGAUAGCCUAAGGCUAUUUCUUCAGCUCAUUUUGAUAUGUGUUGUGUAAUAUAACAAUAUCUCUGUAAUGGCAGAUCCGGGCAUUGGAGAUAUAAUAUAGCAAGGCCUAUACUACUACAAAUCUCACAGUAACAGGCCUGGAGAAGCUAGCAGAUCUAAAUAUUCACCCAUUGGAAUGGGCUCAAUCAAAGAAAUGAAACCAUUGCAGCUGGAGAUAAAAGAUUGUUCAGCAUCUACUACUCAAAAUGGCGGCAUUUCAAAGGCUAAUGAAAAAUCAGAUUUUGUCGAAAGCGGAAAGAGUAGUAUGUGUAGAGGAAGUACAAGUACCGAUUUAAGUGAUGAAAGUAGUUACAGCACUUUCAGUAGUAGCAUCAACAAACCACAUAAAUCAAAUGAUUCUCGGUGGGAGGCGAUCCAAGCCAUUCGAUUAAGAGAUGGAGUCUUGGGUUUGAACCAUUUUAAAUUGUUAAAAAGAUUGGGUUGUGGUGAUAUUGGUAGCGUUUAUCUUUGUGAGCUUACCGGUAUGAAAGCUUAUUUUGCAAUGAAAGUGAUGGAUAAAGUGUCGCUUGAGGAGCGCAACAAGCUAUUAAGAGUGGAAACAGAAAAGGAAAUACUUCAAUCUUUGGAUCAUCCUUUUCUGCCAACUUUGUAUACUCAUUUUGAGACGGAUAAAUUUUCAUGUUUGGUUAUGGAGUUUUGCCCAGGAGGUGAUUUGCACAUGUUAAGACAGAGGCAACCAGGAAAGCGUUUUUGUGAACAAGCUGUCAAGUUUUAUGUUGCAGAAAUACUUCUUGCUAUGGAAUACCUCCAUAUGCUUGGAAUAGUUUAUCGUGAUUUAAAACCAGAAAAUGUUCUUGUGAGGGAAGAUGGUCACAUAAUGCUUACCGACUUUGAUCUUUCCCUACGUUGUUCAGUCAGCCCAACACUCGUCAAUACAUCAUCUUUAGACAACCAACCCCUUUUAAAAAGCUCGGGGUAUUGUGCUCAGCCAGCUUGCAUUGAGCCACCUUCUUGUAUUCAACCCUCAUGUGUAGUUCGCACAUCUUGUUUCUCUCCGAGACUUUUCAAGUCCAAGAAGGACAAGAAACCCAAGUCUGAAAUUGGCAACCAAGUAAGCCCGUUACCCGAGCUUAUGGCCGAGCCGACCGGAGUUCGUUCGAUGUCCUUUGUUGGGACCCAUGAGUAUUUAGCCCCAGAGAUUAUUAAAAAUGAAGGGCAUGGCAGUGCCGUAGACUGGUGGACCCUUGGCAUUUUUUUGUAUGAGUUAUUGUUUGGUAAAACUCCAUUUAAAGGGGUAGGUAAUCGGGCUACAUUGAUGAACGUUGUUGGGCAGCCAUUGAGGUUCCCUGAGUCGCCGGUUGUGAGUUUUGCGACUAGGGAUUUGAUAAGGGGUUUACUAGUGAAAGAUCCAAGGAACCGGUUGGCAUACAAGAGAGGAGCUACCGAAAUCAAGCAACAUCCUUUUUUUGAAGGUGUUAACUGGGCUUUGAUUCGUUGCGCAAGUCCACCUGAAAUCCCGAAGGCUGUAGUGAUUGAGCGCAUUGCUUCACCGGUGACAUCCAUUAUGGAAAAAAAGGUUGCUGCACUCACGGUUGCACCCGAGAAGAAGGCCUCGGGGAAUUAUCUCGAGUUUGAUUUCUUUUAAAACUGUGUUUAGUUUUGUAUUUAUUUUCUUUUUUUUUUUUGGUGGAAAGUUGAGAAUUUUUGUUAUGUAAUAUUUCAAAAACUGUUAAAAAUGUGAAAUAUUGUGUUUCUUAAUGUUAAUAUGAUAUACGAAUGUUAAUCUUUAUCGUA